CUCAGCGGCGGAUAGUGAGCGCGUUGCGAAGGCACACGGGACAGCUCCCGCGCCGCGCCGACGCCCGCGAAGGCACGCAGGAGAGCGCCCCCACGUUGCGCCGCAACGGGCUGCCCGAAAAAGCCCGAGCCGUAACGCCCCGGCAGCCCCAAAGUAGCGCCGCCUAGCGGCAGCCGCCGCGAGCCCCAAAAGCCGCGUCGCGCGCCGGCGAGCGGAGCCCGGACACCUAAUAGCACGCCAAACACCAGUGAGACGAAACCAUGUCCCAGGAGCAGGGCCCCGAGGAGUCGGCGGUCGCCGACUUCCUCCAGAUCCUCGAGGAGCACCGGAAGAACUGCGAACGGCAGGGCAAGUAUGUCGAGGCGGAGAUCGCCAAGAAUCGCUUGGAGGAGCUGAAGAUGCACGAAGAGAACCGGCGGAAGGAGGCCAUGCGGUCGCGGCAAAUUGCCGAGAGGUUAGGUGUCGAGGAGGCGCACAUGCUCGAGUUCCAGCAGUUUAAUAUUAUUUGGGACAAGAAGAUGGCGGAGUACGAGCAGCAUGCGGCGGAUCUGGUGGAAGCCAUGAAGGAACGACAUGCUGCGGAGUUACGAGAUUUUCAGGGGGCGCUCUUGCAGAGGCAAGCCCGGCCCAAGUUCUCUCGCGAAUUGUUGAAUUUGCGACGUAUUCAAGAACACUUGGCCAGACAGAAGGACUACACCGAGGCCCACAAGAUCAAGCUGAAAUGUGAUGCAUUGGAGGCGUGGGAGCUCGAAAAGUGGCAGAACGGCAAGCAGCAGGAGAUGUUCCAGCGCGAGGCGAAGUUCAAGCACCAGAAGCAGAACGAGCUCGUGGCGUUGCAGAAGCGGGUCCAGACGGGCCGCGAGGAGCAGAAGAAACAGCGCCAGAUGGACCUCGAGCGACUAUUGCAGCGCUACCAGAACGUGAAGAGCGAGUUGGAGGCGCAGCAGAAUUUGGAGCGGAUUCGGGCCGAGCGCAUGGCGUCGUCGGGCCAGUGGAACUGGGGGUCGACGACGACGAAGGCGGGGGCGCAGGUCGCAUAA